CAACGUUGAAGACACAAUUGUACGCGUAAACAAUGACCUAAGCAGCUGUUGCAAGGAUACUGUUCCUUCCACUUUCACAAUAUGGCCUCCACCUGCAAAGACUGAUCCAUCUAUAACAGUCCAAUUCUGCAGCGCUUACGUAGCUGCCUUUAGGCUCCUUGCGGCAAAGUCAACUCAAGGCACUCUGACAUUGGCUGACCGACCCCUCGCCUUGACAUCUUCCAAGAUCACUACGCGUUGCUACCUAUGGGCUGGUGGAUUUUCGUCAGGGUUCAUCAGCGAGAGCAGUGAGCUUGGCUGGCAGUCCAACGAACCCCCCAUUGUUUGAACGGAGCAUUCCGGAAUGGAAUACGUCGAAUAUGAUGAAUCAGUCCGGCGUGCGUAUCCUGAGGACCCCGAGCGGGCUGUCAGGGCCCCCAGCCAGGCCGCAGCCCUAGCUCCUGGGGCCCGCGACUCCGCACCCGCGAGCGCCGUCAGCAACGACAGUCGCAACAACGAGGAUGACAAGGACCAGGGCAUCCUGGGCACGCUCACCUCCAUCCUGGUGGGUGGAGUCACGGAGCUGCUCACCGACCUCUCGCCACACCACCACCACACCGCCGCCGCCACACCGCCCACCACCGCCUUCAGCAUUCAGCUCCGCAACUCCUCCGCACGUCGCAGCCUCAGCCUGAUCCCCCACUCGCCCGAGGUCACCGCCUACCUGCGAGGUCAACGCAGCCACGGCAACAGCGUUGACGCCGCCGCUGUGGCUGCUGCCAGCGGGGGUGCUGCUGCAGCUGGCCGCACGGUGUUUGCGACCGACACCCGGCACCGCGGGGGGGCGGGGGGUGCCGCGAUGAGCGCCAGCUGGAGCUACGGGGCGGGCGGCGAUGUGGCGCCCGCAAACAGCCUUGUGGGGUCGCCCACUGCGAGCUCAUCGGGGCUGCUGGGAGCGAUGUUUUCUGGCAUCAGCACGCUGGGUCAGCGCGCCACCGACCUGCUCACCCAGCUGGACCACGACUUCGAAACCAUGUUCAGUGGCGGGCUGGAGGAGCAGGGCAGCGCAGGCGGCGGCCCUGCUUCUGCGGCGGCAGCAGCUAUCUCGACUGGGGACCUGCUGGACGGCAACACCGGAGGCCCACGGAGGUCCUCCGCCGGAGAGGGAAGAUCGGUAUCGGCACGCACCCAUCCGCUGCACCACCAUCACCACCAGCAGCAGCAGCAGCACCACCAGCAGCAGUCCUAUGCGGCACAUCAUGUUGGGCACCAUCACCAGCAGCAGCAACACCAUCUGCCCUCGGGAGCCGGAGUACGGCCACACCCGCAGCAGGCGGCGUUGGGAGCAGCGGCUCGCCCUGUCGCCCCGCAGCGCGGAGCCAGCGCGUCCGGAAUCCGUUCCGUGCCAGCCGGCGCUCCCGGUGGUGGCACACAUGCGCCAUGUGCCAAGGAAAUCGGGGCAGCGGCUGCGCGGCGACUGUCAGGCAGCUACGCGCUCUUGCAUGGACACGCGGCGGCCCCCUCCUCCUCCUCGUAUGUCACUCCACCAUCCGCUGCUUUGGCGCGCGCAGCAGCCAGGGGCACUGGAAGUGCUGCAGCCGCGAAGGGGCAAACCCGCUGGACGGGCGCCAAGCCACGAAGCAGCUUCACGGGGUCUCAGGGACGAGGCAAUGGCAGCGAGGACGAUGAUGAUGACUGGGGUUGGGGUGCCUGCGAUGAGGACCAUGUGGGCAGCGCUGGCGGCAGCGGUAGCCAUCGCAGCACGGGCGGCAGGACCAACGUCAGCGGCAGCGCUGCCGCCGGUACUAGUACGACAACCGGGCCCCCUUCCCAGCAGCGACCCGCCGGGUUCGUGUCGCGGCUUCCUCAUUACUCGGGUGCAAAGCAGCCGCCUGCUGCACCCGUAGCCGCCGCCGCCGCCAUCCGUGGCACCGCUGCUGGGCCCAAUGCAGCAUCGGCGUCCUCCUCCAUUCCACUUGCUGCCGCGGCGGCCUUGAGCGCUGGCGCCGGCAUGAAGCCACGCAGCAGCGGCGGCAAGCUGUUCAUCAUCAAACCCGUCGCGGGAGUGCGGAGGGCCUCAGCUGCUGCUGGCAGCGGCCUCCCCUCAGCUCCCUCAGCCGCUGCCACCCCGAGUGGCGCCGCCCCCUCCGUGGCCGCCACCCCAUCCGGUCCCAUUCCACCGGCUGCCGCCGCCCCUGCGCCUCCCUCUGCACCUACCGGCGCAAACCCCGCUACCCCGCUUGAGCAAAGCGCGGCGUCAGUGGCGACGGCGCGAGGAGCCGAGGAGGCGGCGGAAUCCCCGACUCUGGCGCUGCCUACCCUGCUGUUCCAGACGACGCCAUCUCGUCCCGAGGCGGACGGAGGCAUUUCCUGUCGCAGCAUUGGAGGAGGCUGUACAGACAGCGCGUCCGGCACCAGGCCCUCCUCCUCCUACUCCCAGACCGGCACUUCGAGGACGGUUGCCACGGGCUGCCCCACACCCGCCGCCCCGCGCCAGCAGCAGCGGUGGCAGCAGCGGCAGCAGCCCGAGCCGGCGCGAGUCCAGAGGCUCGAGCUUGACGUGUCGUCGGCAGAGUCUCAGCCCUUGCAGCAGCAGCAACAACAACAACAACAGCAACAGCUGCGGGAGGAGCAGCUGAAGGAACUGCUGCAGAAGCGCGACGAGCAGCUGCAGCAGUGGCAGCAGCGGCGCGAGCAGCAGCAGCGGAAGCGGGAGGAGAAGCUGCAGGAGCAGCGCCAGAAGCGCGAGGAACAGCUGCUGCAGCAGCAGCGAGAGCAGGAGCAGCAGCUGCUUCAGCUGCAGGAACAGCAGCUGCAGCAACGGCAGCAGCGUGAGGAGCAACUGCAGCAACAGUUGAAGGUGCAGCAGCAGAAGCGCGAGCAGGAACUCCAGCAGCUGCAACAGCUGCAGCAGCCGCAAUGGAUGAGGGACCUGGAGCACCUCCGGCUGCAGCUGGAGGCAGCCAGAAGCGGCAACGCCAUGCCUGACGGUACAACCGGUGCUGCACAGCCAUCCGACGCAUCCUCAUCCGCGCAACCGGCAAGUGCGUUUGCGGAGGCAGCAGCCUCGGUGGCUUCAGCGGCGGCGGCGGCAGCUGCUGCUCAGGCGGCGGAGGUGGAGGCGCUGCGGGCGCAGCUGUCGGAGGCGCAGGCGGGUCGCGAGGAGCUGCGGCGACAGCUGGAGGCGACGGCGGGGGAGGCGGUGCGGCUGGGGGCGGUGGUGGAGGCGCUGGAGGGGGAGCUGCUGGCCGGCAGGGAGCGCUGCGUGGAGCUGGAGCAGGAAAACGCCCGCCUGCGCCUGCUAGCCGGGGAGGCCGCUGCCGCCGCUCCCGCAGCCUCACCCGCGCGCAGCCCCCUGCAGCCCACCCCCUCAGCAGCCGCAACCCCCGUCUGCCGCGGCCGGACGCCACCGCGCGCCUCGCCGCACCCCCCCACCGCCACCACCCCUGCCACCGCCGCAGCCUUCCGCUCGCCUUCCCCCUCGCCUGCCCUGGCCUUCAACUCGCCUCUGGCUGCAGCCGCAGCUGCUGCAAGCGGUGGGCGCCACAGCCGCCGCGGCAGCUUUGGCAGCGGCAUGGGCCGUCUCAGCCGCCGUGCCAGCUUCAGCGGCGGCGGCGGCGGUGUGAUUGCAGACGAGCUGGUUGAGGCGGCGCUGGUGGCACAGCUGACGGCGGCGCUGGCAGACAAGGCGCGACUGAGCCGAGAGAAUGACGAGCUGCAGCGACAACUGGAGGGACUGCAGGAACUCCUGGCCUACACGGCCCAGCACUCCCUUGUCCCGGGUGCGGUGGAGGGCUGCGAGGAGGGCGAGGGGCUGGAGUACGUGUAUGAGUACGGCUACGGGUACGACGAGAUGGAGGAUGACGAGGAGUACGAGGCCUGCUACUGGCGCACCGGAACCACCCCGCCCCGGGGAGCUGCGGCGCCUGCAGAGGAGCUGGAACAGGAUCAAGAGGAAGGCGCCGCCGAGGGGGCUGGGAUGUACGACAACUUUGCCGUCGAUGUGUCGUUGGCAGGGGGAAUACCCACAGGGCGCAGCUUCCCCGGCUGCCUGGAGGAGUUGUAUGGGGAUCCAGCAUGCGAUGGCACGGAAGGAAGCAGCGACAGUGGUGCGGCUUCCAGCCCAGAGGCAAUUGCAGGUGUGGGUGCAACGGGUGUGUCUCACGUCAGCCUGCGCGGUGCGGACGACUGCGCUUCACCUGUUGGUACGGCAGCCGCUGCUGCAGCAGCUGUGGGGUCACCGGUGUUGGAGCUGCCAACGCUGGCUUGCGAGCUAACGCGCGAAUUCAGCCUCGACUUCAGCAUUGCGGCUAUGACAACUGAGCCGCCGCUGUCACCCGCUGCGGGCGCGUCUUCACCUGCUGCACCGCGCUUGGAGUCUGCCGUCCGUCAGUUGCUGCUGGCAGGUGACGAGGGUAUCGACCCUGUGGCGGGCACGAGCACCCAGCAGCUGCAGCAGGAGGCGGGUGGGGCCGAGGAGCUGCUGCGGCUGCCUUCACUGGCCCCGCCACUCAGCUUGGAGGGCUGCCAGGAGGAGUGGGAGGUACUGAGCGACGCGGGGGAUUUGGAGCAACCAUGUGACAGCGACAUCACUGCGACCAUUGCAUCACCCCCCAGCGCUGCCUUGGCUGAGGCCUGGUUUGGCAGCACGGCUGGGGAGCUGACCGGCGGGGUGGAGUGCGUGCAUGGAGGCGGUCCGGAAGCGUCAGCCCUGGCGUCAGCAGUCGCUGGGAAGGCUGCUGUGACGCCCUGUGCGGGUGCUGGGUUGGCGGCCGGCAGCUGUGGUGACAAGGGUGGUGCAGGGGGCCCAGCGGCGAGGCUGUCCCCGAGGGUCAUGAAGGAGCGGACCAACAUCCCCAGCAGCCCCGCGCAUGGUGUGUUGUGAGGUGUGGCUGCUGCGGCGGGUUACUAGAUAGCUGACGGAUCGCUUCAAGGUUAGGCAAGGAAGCACGCCUGUAUCUGACCAGGGUUGUGUGGUGGAUGUGCGGGAGAGGAUCGAGGGCCUACAUGCAAAGGUUGUUCCUGGGUAGGGCCUCGACUGGUUUGUUAGGUAGUAGCGUGUCCUAGCGGAGUUCAACCGCGUUGUUCAGACGGGGGGUGGCUCAGCGAGGGCUGCCAUGAGUGGUGCGCACUCGCACAGGCCCACCACCUACGACGGUUUAGGUAGCUUCUUGUUGCUUUUUACUAUUUAUGGUCUAGAUUCAGCUAGAUUGGAAAGUUUUUUGUAGGUGAGAGUCUUAAGGGGUAGCCGAACGUCGUUUUUUUCGUGUUUUGGCUUGCCUUUCCAAUGGUAGAUAAGUUAUAGGGUGCACUAGGAGGCACGAGUGCCAUGGUCUUUAGCGACGGGCAUUGUCCUCUGUACGGCCCUUGUUGCUGAAGUUAUAUUUGGAGACCAGUUGCGCGAUUUAAUGUUGUUAUUGGAUGUCCACCAUUGUUGGGCUUAUCUACGAACCUUAUAUAAAUCGCGGCGUGCGACAGCUAAGGACAGCUACCACUUAAGGCUACAAGUGCGCGCACGUUGAAAUUUUCCCAAUGCAAUGGGUCGCCCAC